UUGAGGCGGGCCUGAAUUUGUACUAUGCGAUUGUGAAAGGGUCCCAUCUACCGCACCUCAAACAACGCGGCUUUGACGUUAUUCUUCAUGGCCGACCCUCGCGACAACAUAGGCCGAGAUGGCCGUUACUAUGGCCCUCCACCUGACGAACCCUCGCCUAACAGACCACCCCAAAUUCGCCGCAAACCGCGGAAGCUGACACCUCAAGACGCAGUCCAACAGUACUGGGAUAGGUUGGACUCGAAGUAUCCUGGGAAAGUGUUCACUGUGCUUCCCAAUAAUCCGUAUGCGCGCAAAAAGGCCGCCAAAAUACCUCAUGGGACCGUUCAUGGUCAACGAGCGGCCAAAUCAUAUGAGGAAGCUCGUGCCGAGUGCAUCAAGGACGUGGACAGGAUUAUCAAGGAAUGUCGACGAUUGAACCAGAAGUACCGUGAUCCCCAUUUUGAUAUCGAGUGGGAUCUGAAGAGCAAGAAUCGCAAUUGUCUGGAUGGUCUCAGCGUCAUCGGCGACUCAAUGAAGCCGAAGGGCGUGAAGAGGGUCACAGACAUUUUCGAAAAGCCGGAGUUCUAUAUUAACGGUCCGACCGCAGGCGACGUCCGCCAAGGUCGAGACGGAGACUGCUAUCUUAUGGCCGCCCUUUGCGGCUUGGGAAACAAGGAAGGACUUAUCGACAAGGUCUGUGUCAAGCACGACUGGAAAGUGGGCGUCUACGGGUUUGUUUUCUUCAGAGACGGUGAAUGGCAAUAUACCAUCAUCGAUGAUAAGUUGUACCUACGUGCCCCAGAUUAUGACGAAGCACAAGAUGAGCGAGUGGUUUGGGAUGACAUCAACCGCGCUGACAGCGCUGAAGAAUACCGCAAGGCUCAUCAGACUGGAUCCAGAGCUCUUUACUUUGCGCAGUGCAGCGAGGAGAACGAGACGUGGCUUCCACUGCUAGAGAAAGCAUACGCAAAGGCCCACGGCGACUUCGCUUCUAUCGACGGCGGCUUUACAGGCGAGGCUAUCGAAGACCUUACGGGCGGCGUUACGACGGAAAUCUACAGCACAGAUAUUCUCGAUCGCGAGGAUUUCUGGAACAACGAAUUGCUGCAGGUAGGAAAGACCUUCUUGUUUGGCUGCGCGACAGGGUUCUACUCCGACUGGCUCGACACAAGUGGUCAACCACGUGAGCGUGAAGGUAUUGCUGAGAACCACGCGUACAGCAUCAUGGACGCAAAGGAGGUUGGCGGUCACCGCUUGCUGAAGCUACGCAACCCAUGGGGAAAGAAGGAAUGGACCGGAAAAUGGUCAGAUGGCGACUCUGUGUGGAAUGCAAGUUGGAUGGACUUGCUCGAUCAUAAAUUCGGGAAUGACGGUAUCUUCUGGAUCAGUUUCGAAGAUCUUCUCAAGAAAUACCAGAUCAUCGACCGGACGAGGAUUUUCGGCCCCGAGUGGCAUGUCACACAAUGUUGGACGAGUCUCAGCGUUUCAUGGUCGGCUGAGUAUCACAGCACAAAGUUCUCAUUGACUUUGGAAAAGAAAGCUCAAGUCGUGAUUGUUCUUGCUCAGCUGGACGAAACCUACUUCCGUGGCCUGGAAGGUGCUUAUGCCUUUGACCUCCAGUUCCGUCUUGAGUCGGACAACAAGGAAGAUGAGAAUGACUAUAUCGUGCGGUCAAAUGCCAACUAUGCUAUGGCUAGAUCAGUCAGCACGGAUAUUGAGCUGGACGCAGGCACGUAUUCUGUGUUGAUGCGGAUCACGGCUACUAGACAUGUGGACCGAGACCACCUCGAAGAUGUUCUACCAAUGUAUGCUGCGACCAGACGCGAAAAGCUUAUCCAGAUGGGCCUAUCGUAUGACUUGGCGCAUGCGAAAGGUGUCAUUGUCGAGACUGAGGCUGAGCAGAAGGAAAGAAAAGAGCGGCGGAAGGCACAAAAAGUCAAGGAUCGACAAAAGCUCAAGAUGAAGCUAAAUAAGGAGGCAGAGAAGGAGUGGACGAAGCGGAAAGAUAGGCAUGAGAAGCAGAAGGCGAGAAACGCAAGGAUUAAACAGUGGCGAGAGAGAAAAAGGAGUGCUGACGAAAGGGUUGAUAACUCUAAAGUUAAUGGAGUCAACCCUGGACUGAGUGCCGCUGGCGGUGAGAUCUCGAACGAGAAUGGUGUCCCCAACGAGCACAAGCCUCAAGACACCAGAGAGCAGAGUGGCGAGUUGCAGGAUGAUCCUUCCGGCUCUAUGCAAGGCCAGACUGCGAAAGUUGAGGACCUGGCUUUCCGGAAGAAAGGCGACAGAGUUGACGAGAUAAUACACAACAUGGGCGGCUUUGACACCCCGUCGACAACGAAAGCACCCGAAGAACUCUCGGCCGAGAAGGUCGUUGAACCACUGGAGGACGUGAUCUUGACUGCAGAUCAGGAGUCCAAAGCAAAUCUACUCACAGAAGUACAAGCAGACUCACAUCAAGCACCCAACAAACUCGAACCAGGUAUCGCAGGUACUGGAACAAACGAAGAUGUCAAACCCUUCAAAGCGGAAGGAGCAGAAGCCACGACGAACGUUAAAAUGGCCACUUCCCAGCCUUCUCCGUCCAUUGCAAGCAAAGCAACCGUCAGCACGAUGGAGAGCGCGAAAGGAAACUGGGCCGGUACUGCUGGUAACCCGUCACGAUAUCCGCUUCGCAGCGACACCUUCAACACGACAGCCGCGAUGAUCGGUGCCGACAUGCGUGCAGGUGCCAGUGAAGAUGAUCUCGAAAACGGCGACCAGCGUCCAGCAGAUAAUGAGUCAGUCCAGGAGGACAACGCCAACUCGGACGAUGACGGAGACUCAUUUCCCCCAUUCGAUUGGGACUCCCAGCUCGACAUGCCUUCCGAAUCGUCCGACCAUGAGUCAAGUCCAACCUCGUCGGCACGCGGAAGACCUCGUCCGCGUCGUCGUCGCCGUCGACCAGGACCGGAUAAUGGCCCACCGCCAGACAUGAAGGACGGCAGAGAGAGGACAGACGAUGCUGGCGAGGGCCCUGAUGAGCCGUGGAACGCCGUCUGCGUGGUUGGGCUGCGUGUGUACUCGACUCUAUCAGGCGAGAAGGUCAGGUUGAAGGUCGUGCGGCCGCUCGAUGAUGAUAAUAGCGAUGGCGAAAACAACGAUGAAGGAGACCGAAGAGAAAUCGACCAAGAAGACGAGGCCAAGGGGACGAAGUUGGACCCGGAUGAUAUUUCGAAGGGGGCGGUGGCUGUAGUGCCUCAGAGUACGGGCGUUGAAGUCGAGGAGGGCGGAAAGGCUGAGAUCAAGAAGGGCGAACAUAUGAGAUUGGGUAGAAAGCUGGGCAGAAGGCCGAGAUGAAGGACUGAUCACGGAAUGUUAGAAACGGCAGUCUUG